AUGUAUAUUUUAUGUAUUUUAGUCGGCAUUGGAGCAAUCACCGAAAAACAUGUGGAUCAAAUAUUAAAUGAUGUAGCCGAAAAAGUCCAGGUAAUACAUCAGCAAGUAGAACUUGUUACUAGCUCAAUUCCUGCUAUGAAACGAAUCAGAAGAGGUUUUAAUGCCAUGCCUAAAAGUGUUUGUACAUCAAAGAAUCUCUUUUCAUUUCAUUUUGAUAAGUUUCAGGCCUCUUGCAUCGAUUUAGACGAAUAUUUCUUAGCGUUUGAAUAUUUUCUUGGUUUUUUGCCGUAUUUAGUAGGCAUUGUGAAAAUGUCAGGUAUAAACAAAGAAAAGAUUGACAACACGAUAAACUUGAAGGCGAUGAAGAGUCAUAUGAAAGAUAAAAUGACUUUUAAGGAAUAUAUUAGCGUGACAUACUCCGAUACCGAAAAACUCAAGCGAUUUCAGGCCCAUCUUCUCGAGUCUCUAAAAAAAAUACGCUCAAUAAUCACAAAUUUUGAUUAUCUCUAUAAAAGGAUAGAAAAUGGCGUAACUGUUGAUCUUUGUCUGUUAAAAGCGUUGUGUCAUUUCCACUACUGUGAUCACUGCAAUUCUCUACCGUUUUCCAACAAAUGUUUUAGAAGAGUGCCAGGUACACAGACCAAAAAACAAACAACAUCGUGAAAAGUUUGUUAUUAAAUAAG